AUGAGUGCAUCUUCACCGCAACGGAUGCCAUGGGGAUAUCGGUGGAGGUCUUCGGGCCUUUUCGUCCUCAUUGCCACGGUGACUUCAGUAUUGACGGACAUGUUUCUGCAUCAAUUCCUCGUAUCAAUCCUGCCAUCCAUCCUGGAGGAUCGAGUCAACCUGGAUUCGGCCCUCCUGCAACGAGUCAGUGUGGCGUUGCUGGCUCAGACGGCCCUGAUCUCGUUCUUGGUGACACCGAUCAUCGGUCGGUUGGCAAAUUACCUCCAUGCCCGCACGUGGCUCUUGCUGGGCCUUAUAGGGCAGCUGGGUGGUUCUGUGCUGAUUGCUUCUACGCAUUCGGUGAUCACGUUGUUUGGGGGGCGGGCCAUCCAGGCCCUAGCUAAUGCGAUUGUGGGCAUUCUCGGCGCCAAGUCCUUGUCGCAUGUUAGUUCGUCGGAUGGUCAUGAAAGAAUCCAGCGGAUUCUGACUCUGGCCGUUGCGGCUGGCUCUUCGGGGGGCCCGUUAGUGGCCGGGACGCUGUUCGAAGUCUCCAAUUACUGGACGGCCUGGAAAAGCGCGUUCGCUGCGAGCUUGAUUGGUAUCAUCUUGCAGAGUAUGAUGCUGUUACCGACGCAAGAGGUGUCGGUUGAAACUCAUGUCGCAGAAGUACAGUCACACACCGACACGGAAAGCAAUCCUGAUGAGAAUAGUCCCCUACUCCCUGCCUCCUUCAAGACAAUUCGGACGCAGCUGCCAGCGGACGUGAAAUCGGCGAAGCGUGACCUCAAUCUCUAUUUCCGUUUGCUGACCAGCCGCCGCUAUAUGGGGGGUAUCCUCAGCUCAGUUUGCUUCGCGAUCGUCUCGGGUAGCUUUGAUACCACUCUGCCACUUCACGUAAGCGAAGCUUUCCAAUGGGGCAGCCAACCGACUGGUAUGCUCUUUGCCGUCUUACACGGACCGCAUGUGUUUCUGAGUGCUCCAGUGCAUUGGUUGAAACGUCGAGUUGGCUCGCAUCACACUGCGUCCGUGGGAUUUUUUGGGUUGGCCAUCCUUUUAUGGUUGGCGGGGACCCCCGGAAAUGAACGAUUUCCUUGGACAAGCCCCGGGGGGCGAGGACCGGUCAUCUACGCCAGUGCCAUCGCCACUGCCGGAGUAUUCAUGUCGUUGUUGCAGGGAGCUGGAUUGAUGGAGACUGCUCGUAAGGCUGUUCUCGCGUGCGCUGUUCAGGAACUCGCCCAUGAGCAGCCAGACACAUUCGACGCAGAAGCGACCUUGCACGCCAUGGUGAUCAGUAGUCUCAGUUUGAAGCUCGGCCUUUUCCUUGGACCUAUCAUAUCGGGGCGACUCGUGGACACUUGGGGAUACUAUGACAUGAACUGUGUGCUUGGUCAGUUACCCCCGAUCGAGCUGGUCAUCGAAAGACCGGUGCGGGAACGUAGAGCCCUUGCUGACGAGUCAUCAAGCGGCCAUGUGCUUGGGCUGUGCGAUUGUCUCCGCCUGGAAUUAUGA